AUGGCCACCAGGUGGACAAAGGCACGGAAACGUUGGUCUCCAGAUAUUGCGAACAAUUGUUACCCUAUGUACCACCAGCAGUUUGAGAUACUUGAUGAGGCAGAAGUCACAUGGAACCCGUGGACUCAGGACCAGCUAAAAAUGGUCUUUGAUGCUCGACACUUCACACCAGGCAUGUUGACCGAUAGUGCAUUCUGGCUGACUCGCUGCAACUUAUUGUUCCUGUGGUGUGUUGAACCUUACAACCCAGAGCGUGUAAUGAGACAGUUCGGUCUCUAUCAAGAAAUUCCACCACCUUUUCCCAGACGUAUCGACGAGGAAACACAUAAGCUAACCAAUAUGGGCAGGGGUUGGAGUUUAUACGAUUGGAGGGAAGAGAACAGUGAAUGGGUACACAAGUGGACAAAUGAAGCGCUAGCAGAUAUAGUGCGUCAACUUAGGCCGUACGAUGGAAGUACAGAUCAAGCGUACAAGCAGUGGUACUGCAUGAACACACGUGCUAGCCUGGCCAGUCAGCCAGCUACUAUACCAACACAUCUCACACAAGAGGAGCAGGCGCGGAGACAUGUUGAGCUGCAUGCAGCUUACUAUCGUGACCACCUGGACACACCUGAUGUUAAUUGGGGCGAUGAGAACACCCAACGCGGCGUCAACACAGGCCUCCGGGGAGCAUCACAUGAUCAUGGCGUCAACACAGGCCUCCGGGGAGCAUCACAUGAUCUUGGCGACACGGUUACAUCAUUAGUUACAGAGUUCUUCGGAGGGGAUGUUAUUGGCCCAUCUUUGCAUUUGAACAUCUAUAAAGAGCGAAAUUUGUAUCGGAAUCAGCGCCGUGAGUCACGGAAUCAGUGUCGUUUUCCCGCGCAUGCAAAGAUGCCGCCAGCAACAGUGCACCUCGCCUUCCGUGCAGUCAGCGUGCAGCAGCAGCUCUUUUUUGUCGGCAGGGGUGCCGCCUCACCCAGUGGCGGCGGGGCCCACUGGCGGGGCCCGCUCUCAGCAGGGCCUGUCGGCCAGGCACUGACCGCGCCAGGGUAG